GCAGAUGCCGUUACACUGGUACAACGAGUGUUAGACUGACAAUUUACUACUGCGACGCCGACGACGACGGCGAGCGUUGCUUGCAUCUUGACGUUCUCCUCUAUCAUUAUAAUUACUCGUUGCUUGACGUGUCCUUCUGUACGUGGAUAGGAGCAUACCCCACACUCGAGAGUACCCCGCUCUCCUGACCGGUUAUUAUCAGAAUCAGCUCGCAGCGCAUCUUGCACCUCGACCAAACAUGUCUCAAGCCCUCUUCUCCCAAGUGCCCCUUGCACCGCCCGACAGCAUCCUUCAGCUUCCAAUUCGCUACAAAGCCGACCCAGCAAAACAGAAGAUCAACCUCUCCGUCGGUGCGUACAGGGACGAUGCCGGCAACCCUUGGGUCUUGCCUGUUGUCAAGAAGGCAACGGAGAUCAUGCUCAGUGAUCCGGCGAUGGACCAUGAAUACUUGCCUAUAGUCGGCUUGCAAGAGUUUACGAGCGCUGCAGCAAAGUUGAUCCUCGGCGCCGACAGCAUAGCGCUCAAGGAGGACCGUGUUGUCAGCAUCCAAACCCUCUCCGGCACCGGGGCGAACCACGUCGGCGCGCUCUUCCUCUCUCGGUUCUAUGCCUGGAACGGCCCUCGCCAGCUGUACAUUUCCAACCCGACCUGGGGCAACCACAAGAGCAUCAUGAUCAACGUCGGGAUCACGCCUGUCGACUACCCGUACUACGACGCUGCGACGAUCUCGCUCAACCUGGAGGGGAUGCUCUCUGCCCUGCGGGCCGCCCCGGAACGAUCGGUGAUCCUCCUCCACGCUUGUGCACAUAACCCCACUGGCGUCGACCCUACCCAGCCUCAGUGGGCACAGAUCGCAGAUGUCAUGCUCCAGAAAGCGCAUUAUGCGUUCUUUGACUGUGCCUACCAGGGGUUCGCGAGCGGUGACUUGGAUAGGGACGCCGCCGCGGUGAGAUACUUCGAGAAGCGUGGGGUGCCGAUGCUCGUCUGCCAGAGCUUUGCCAAGAAUGCGGGGCUGUACGGUGAGCGCGUCGGGGCGCUCCACGUUCUCUGUGCGGACAAGGACGAAGCCACACGCGUGAGGAGCCAGCUGUCCAUCAUCGAGCGUGCCGAGAUCAGUAAUCCACCCGCGUACGGUGCGAGGCUCAUGGCGAAGAUAAUCAAUGAUCCUGCACUCUUCAGUCAAUGGAACGAGGAUAUCAAGACCAUGGCCGAGCGGAUCAUCUCCAUGCGCCAGGAGCUCUACGACCUCCUGACUAAGGAGCUGCAUACCCCCGGAAGCUGGGAACACAUCACUACCCAGAUCGGGAUGUUCAGCUUCACAGGGCUCAAUGCGGCCCAAGUACAGAUCAUGAUCGAGCGUGGACAUGUGUACAUGACGGCUGAUGGGAGGAUCUCAAUGGCUGGCCUUAACUCGAGCAAUAUCCACUAUUUCGCAGAGGUGUUGGAUAAGGUCGUCCGGGGUCAGUUAUAGACCUCUCCAUGUCACCCUUGUCCCCGCCAGAGUCUUGUAACUUGUGGUUCAGUAGGAAAGCAACACCGCUCAAUAGAAUCGAUAUAGAAUUGUAGCUUUAUGUACC